GGGGACCGCACAGCACGGUGGCACUGUGUCAAAUUCUCAUCUCUCUCAUUCUCGUAUAUCUGACUUUGGCUUUGGCAUUUUGCAUAGGUGGGUUGUAAAUCUUAGAGAUCAUAUAUAUUGGUAGUGAAUCUUAUUGCUAUAAAGAAAACUGAGGAAAAGAAGAUGGGAAGGCUAUUUGUGGUAGAGCUGGAGGGAAGGUGUUACAAAUGCAAGUUCUGCAAGACCCAUUUGGCCCUCGUCUCCGACUGUGUCUCUCGGGGUUUUCAUUGCCGCCGGGGAAAAGCAUACCUCUUCAAUAAUGCGGUGAAUACCACUAUUGGAGCAUUAGAGGAGAGGUUGAUGCUCUCAGGUCUCCAUACUGUUGCUGAUAUAUUUUGCUGCUGUUGUGGACAAAUCGUUGGCUGGAAAUAUGAAUCUGCACAUGAGAAGAGCCAGAAAUACAAAGAGGGGAAGUUCGUCCUUGAGAGAGGGAGGAUCGUCGAUGAAGUAGAUUUUUCGACAGAGUUCUUUGUUGAUUCUCGUCCUAGCAUGAGUAGCGAUGCUGAUGAUGUUUAGGAUCUGAAUUUCGUUCCCUGAGUAGUUUGUACCAGACACUAGGCAAGGCAAUACAUGCAGAACAGCUGCACUGUUUAUAUGUAAAUGACUUAAUAAAAAGGAUAUUUGAAUGACUCAUGUGAAGUGUUUGAGGUAAAA